UGACAUGUACAGUUGUUGUGACAUACACAUACAUUUAUUUUCUCCAUAUGAAGCACCUUCUUCAUUCCUAUGGUCAUAGGUGACCUUUACCUCAAGAAUGAGGAAUACAAUGUGUGUUUCCUUGAGUGCUCUGGGUUUGGCAACCAUUACAUCAUAACAGGAACAGGUGCAACUUCCUUAUUUGUUUAUCUCUCUAAUUUAUUAGUUAUAAUGGCCAUUUCUUGACACCAUAACACAUAAAAGUUAUUGAUAGACCCAGGGCAUCCCUUGUUAACAACACAAUUAUGCAUUGGUCAUAGGCUUUGAAACCAUUAACUGACUUUACAGCAACAGCCUUGACUGUGGUUGCCGCUCCUCCAGUAUGCAAAUAAUAGUUGAAAUGUUGAAAGUUGUUAGUUCCCUUUUGUGUUAACUUAAUUUCAGGCAUUUCCAGAGCCUUUGUCCUUACGCACUACUGCUCCCUAGUGGUACAAAGGUUAACGGCAGCGAACUGUGUUUAUCAAAACGAAAAUAGAUGGCAUGCACCAAGAUUGUCUACAUGGAGUACCCGUAGAAUAAACUCUUUGCCAUGCGGAUUUUGCUCUCAUGUUGUUAAUGGCUGUAGCUGGGUCAAAUCCCAAAUUAAACCAUAGCCCAUCUUCGUGACAACUCUGUCCCGGGAAGAUGUCGAGUCGUGCUCUGAGGAGGUUGAAGGGGAAACAGCGGGGGCAGGAGGCCCUGGACCUCGGUGAUCUUGUCCCAGGUGAAGAACCAGAGGAGCAGGCUGCGGAUGUUGAGGAAGAAGAAGAGGAACUGGAAGAAGCUGUUCUCCAGCCUGUUAAAAGCAGCAUCAGAAAAACUAAGAAGAUUAACAAAAACUUGAGCAACAUUUACGAACUGAUAUGUGAUGCAGAGAAAGCCACGACGGAUGAAGACACAGUGAAGCCAGAAGAACAGAAUGGUGAUGAAAGCAAGGAGAAGAGUGACAGCAGGGAAACAGAGAAGAGAGAUGCACAACCUGAGACAGGUGCUUCGAAGUCCGGAGAUAAAGCGAGCAAGAAAAAGAAGAAAAAGAAGAAGAAAAAGAACACUACAGGAGAUAAACAGGAGGGAGCUGGGGAUGACAUUGACGCGUUGCUGGAGACCAUAGAGCAGUCUAAUGGACUGACCCUGCAGAGUGAGGGCUGUGGAGGCUCCGACAACAGGCCUGUGCUCUAUGUGGAACACAGGAACCUGAAUCCUGAGACGGAGUUGAAGAGAUACUUUGGAGCUCGAGCAGUUCUUGGAGAUCAAAGACCUCGUCAGAGACAGAGACAGUUCCAUCGCAGCACCUGGAUGACCAUCCCUAAAGACACCUGGCCACGCUUCAGUCGCCCAGGUAUCUCAAUGACCCUACUGGAGUCCAGGGAUGGUCUACAGUACUUCACCUUCGAGCACAGCCGGGACUACCAGCAGAUUCAGUUCAAAUUCCUGGACUCAGUGGAGUCCAUGGAUCCCAACAACAUUGUGGCCCUGCUACAGAUGAAUCCCUACCACAUUGACUCCCUGCUGCAGCUCUCUGAUGUCUGCCGCAUACAGGAGGACCAGGAAAUGGCCAGGGACCUAAUCGAGCGCGCCCUGUACAGCUUUGAGUGUGCAUUCCACCCUGUGUGCAGCCUAACGGCAGGAACCAGCAGACUGGACUACCUGCGACCAGAAAACAGGGCAUUCUACUUGGCUGUUUAUAAGCACAUGAUGUUCCUGGAGAGGAGGGGAUGCCCCCGGACAGCCCUGGAGUACUGCAGACUCAUCCUGAGUCUGGACCCCGACAGCGAUCCCCUCUGUAUGCUACUGCUCAUUGACUUCCUCUCCCUGCGCUCACGAGAGUACAACUUCCUCCUCCGGCUAUAUCAGGAUUGGGAGGUGCACAGGAACCUGUCCCAGUUGCCAAACUUUGCCUUCUCUGUGGCUCUGAGCCACUUCCACCUGAGUCAGGAGGAUCAGACUGAGUCAGAGGAGAGGGAACGGCUCAAACACAAGGCUGACCUGCUGCUGCAGGACGCUCUCAUCAUGUUCCCUGGAGUGUUGAUGCCUCUGUUGGACCUGUGCACAGUGCAGCCAGACGCUGCUGUAUCGUCACAUGACUUCUUUGGACCCAGAAGCCAGUUGGGGCAGUCUCCUGCCCUGGCUGAACUGGUGUCUCUGUACGUGGGGCGGACGCACACCCUGUGGAGGGAGGGAGGGGUCCUGCUGUGGCUGGAGGAGUGUGUGAGGGAGGUGUUACGACGAGUCGACGCUAAAAACCCUCUGGUGGAGGACUGCCAAAACAAGAGGAAGCAGAGGUACCAGAGUGCCCCCCUGAACAUCCAUCGCCACGUCAUCCUGUCUGAAAUCAAAGAGGCCACCUCCACUCUACCGCUGGAGGUGACCACUCAGUCGGUGAUGGGGUUCGAUCCUCUCCCCCCGCUGGACUCAGUGGUCUCAUAUACCCGGCCUGAGAGGCAGAGUGUGGGAGCCUCCAAUGAGAGCACCCUGUCACUGUUCUUCCGCUCUCUGCUGCCAAACUUCAACCUGCAGGGUGAGCCGAUGCCGCAGGAUGACCUGGAAGUAGCUCAGGCAGGUCGGGAGCUGAACCAAGAAGUAAAUCGUCUGAUGGUGGCCAUGAGGGACAUGCUGGCCAACAUCCAGUUUCAGGAGCCACCUAGAGAGGACAACCCUGACAGAGAUGAGGGGGAGUGGGACUGAGAUGAGGACGAUACAGAGGGAGGUGGAGUGAGAUUGAGGGAGAGGUACAUAGAGCUGUGAAUGGAUAGAAGAAAAUAAAAGGUUGAUUAAGAUGAAUGGAGUUGGAGUACAGCAGGGUGGUAGGAGGAUGAAGAGUGAGUGAGGGAAUAGAUUCAGUGAGGGUAGCAGUAACAGAUGUACUGUAACCUUAAAGAAAGAAAUGGUAGGUCAUCUAUAUGACCCAAACAUCAAACAAACUCUCCCUUUCUGAUAUAGGCACAGUAGUAUCACCUCUUCCUCCUGUCAUCGUCAAGACAGUCCAUCAGCCCUCUCUCCUUCCUCAUGUUGUCCCAUUCUCUUUCCUCAGGACAGUUGUUCUUACUGAUCGAGAAGAUCAGGAGGCUGCGUUCAUCAAGACAAAAACUCCCUCAGUUUUUUUUUAAAGAACAUUGCUUAUCAAAAAAAUGAAUAUUGUGUUUCAUCGGAAGGAUAAUGAUGCCCUCCUGCUACAGUAUAUCUGUAGUGGAAUUAUUUAUGAUUGAAUAAAUCCCUAUGGUGUUGUCUUAGCAACCAAACGUCGUACACACAUUGACAGUCUACUGCCAUACGAGUUGAUGAGAGUCAGGUUAAAGGUUCAUGAGCGUCUGAUAAAAGUCAGAAUUAUACAGUAAUUCACCUUGUGAGUGGAACAAAUGGACUUAACCUCUUACUCUAUUUUUAAUAUUGGCCAUAACAACUUUGAUUUAACUUUGACUCCCAAUUAACCCUGUUCAUCAUUGAAUAUAAAAUGCUGUUGUCUUAGAAAUCUGAUUUUGAGGAUAAAAUUCAAACUGAUCAGGAUAUUUUUCUGUUGUGAUUCUCUAUGGAGGUAUUUUUAACCUUACCUGAAAUCAAUUCUAGGCUGUUUAUUAACUAGGGCCCGAAGUUGGUCCCAAUGAGGUCAUGUUGGCAGGAAAAACUACUGGCCCAAGUCAUCUGUUAAUGUCAGGAAAGGAUUGCAUGAUAUCCAACCAACUACUGUAAAUACUCUGCUUAGAAAUCAUUUAUUACACAAGCUAAUGUAAAGACAAUAAACUUGAUGUUCAUAUGGUUCAA